AUGACCUCGCGUGUCUCCUCUUCCACGUCCGCCUCCGCCUCUGCCUCUGGUCGUCGACCGUCUGUCUCAGCCAGGCGACUCUCCAGGAGGCUCUCGUCUCUCUCCGGCCUCGAAAAUGGCGAGGCUCCUCCCCGAGUCGCUCCGGCGGCGCAGGCCAUCACAGAAGAGAUUGCAGAGAUCAAAAGAUAUGAAGAUUUCACCACGAUAGACUGGGUCCAAGAUGCCGCCCAGGAACAGCUGCGCCGCCUCGCCCGGCGGAAAGAGUCCAAGUUCUUUGAGCGGGACGGUGUCUUGGGCUGGCGGCGCAAGCUGUGGGAGUCCUACGACGCGGCGCAAGCCUGGAUCGUCAUCACGCUGGUCGGGAUCGUUAUUGGUGUCAAUGCGGCUGCUCUGAACAUCAUCACCGAGUGGUUGUCCGACAUCAAGAUGGGCUAUUGCACGACUGCCUGGUAUCUCAAUGAAGGCUUCUGCUGCUAUGGUUCCGAGGAAGGCUGUGACGAGUGGAAGAGAUGGACUUCGAUCACCAUUGUCAAUUACUUCAUCUACGCCAUUUUCGCCGUGCUGCUGGCAUUCGUUUCCGCCUACUUGGUCAAGUCCUACGCGCCCUACGCCGCCGGUUCCGGCAUCUCCGAGAUCAAAUGCAUCAUUGCCGGCUUCAUCAUGAAGGGAUUUCUGGGGCUCUGGACGUUCUUCAUCAAAUCCAUCUGUUUACCUCUCGCGAUCGCCUCCGGUCUCUCUGUCGGCAAGGAAGGGCCGAGUGUCCAUUACGCUGUGUGCGUGGGAAACGUUAUUUCUCGAUUCUUCGACAAGUACAAACGAAGUGCCUCCAAGACACGAGAGAUAUUGACAGCAACUGCCGGAGCUGGAGUGGCUGUCGCUUUCGGAAGUCCCAUUGGUGGUGUGCUGUUCUCCCUAGAAGAGAUGGCGUCUUACUUUCCACUGAAGACGCUGUGGAGGAGCUAUUUUUGCGCUCUUGUUGCGACUGCGGUGCUGAGUGCCAUGAAUCCCUUCCGCACCGGCCAGCUUGUCAUGUUCUCCGUCAAAUACGAUAGAGACUGGCACUUUUUCGAGAUCUUCUUCUACCUUAUCCUGGGCAUCUUCGGUGGACUCUACGGGGCUUUCGUCAUCAAAUGGAACCUCAAAGCUCAAGCGUUCCGGAAGAAAUACCUGUCCAAGUACGCGAUUCCGGAAGCCGUCAUUCUGGCGGGUGCCACGGCCCUUCUUUGCUACCCCAACAUGUUUCUCAGAAUAGACAUGACCGAGAUGAUGGAGAUGUUGUUCCGAGAGUGCGAGGGCGACUACGAUUACAACGGACUUUGCGAGGCAAGGAAUCGACUUCCCCUGAUCGGGUCGUUGCUGGUUGCAACUCUCCUACGCAUAUUCCUUGUUAUCAUUUCCUACGGAUGCAAGGUCCCUGCAGGUAUAUUCGUGCCGUCAAUGGCAAUUGGGGCCUCUUUUGGCCGUAUGCUGGGAAUGAUUGUACAAUGGCUUUACGAGACAUUUCCCGAUUCAAAGUUCUUCUCCGCUUGUCAACCUGACGUGCCUUGCAUCACCCCUGGCACCUACGCCUUUCUCGGAGCUGGCGCAGCACUCAGUGGAAUUAUGCAUCUGACAAUUUCGGUCACUGUCAUCAUGUUUGAAUUGACUGGGGCUCUGACGUACAUACUUCCGACCAUGAUUGUGGUCGGUGUCACGAAAGCGGUGGGAGACCGAUUCAGUAAAUCCGGCAUCGCAGAUCGGAUGAUCUCGUUCAGCGGCUUCCCGUUCCUCGACAACAAGGAGGAACACAUCUUUGGCGUGUCGGUGUCGCAAGUCAUGACCGGCAACAUUACGAUGCUUCCUGCAGCAGGAAUGGAAGUCAAGGCCAUGCGGAAGUUACUUGACGAUACAUCCUUCUCGGGAUUUCCGAUUGUGGAAGACAAGGACUCGAAGAUUCUCGUGGGCUAUAUCGGGAGGACCGAACUCCAAUUUGCAAUUGAUCGGGCCAAAAGGCAGGGUACGCUCGCCCCAGAUGCCAAAUGCAUCUUUGUGACCGAACGGGAAGAUGGCACCGAAACGCCUGUGCCUCUGAGUCCGACUGUUACCUUUGAUUCAGCAACGCUAUACAGUGUGGAUUUCAGUCCGUUCGUUGAUGCGACUCCUAUAUCUGUCCAUCCUCGCUUGCCGCUUGAGACGGUCUUGGAAAUUUUCAAAAAGAUGGGUCCAAGGGUCAUCCUCGUCGACCACCAUGGUCGUCUCGAAGGUCUGGUCACUGUCAAAGACUGUUUGAAGUACCAAUUCAAGGUCGAGGCACAAGAACAUUCCGUGGCUGUGAGAGACGAGCCGGUAAUACAGCAGGAUCACGUCGUCGACGCUUUUGGCAAAUUUGUCGAAUAUGUCGCCGACAAGAUCAACAAUCUCUCCCGCGGUAGGCUGAAAUUGAGUCCUCGGACUGCCGGCGGAUGGAUGAGAGUGGCUGGAGACGAUAGACGGCGCGAUUUCGCCGACGACUACAACCACGAAAAUGAGAUAUUAGACGGGACCGAAGAUGUGGUUGAGCAUGGCCAGGAAGGUGUCGAACUGGAUACAAGAUGA